CGUAAGAUGGUUUUCUUUUGCAAUAUUUGAUUGUUAAGAUUAAAACGAAUCAUUCUGUAAACACACACAACAUACACACACAUUUCUUUUUUAUAUUUCAGUAUGUUAUUAAUUUGUUUAAUUUAUUUCUUCAUUUUAUCUAUUAUAAAUACUAUAAUAAAAUGGGUGCAUUUAUUACUUUCAGACGAGACCGAGGAUUCUGUUACAAAGUAGCCUUAUUGGAACAAAAUGACGUCAGCAGGGAACAGCCACAGGAACUGUCUUGCUAUGGAAAUGUGAUAUUCAGCUAUUUAAUUCCAAGUGUAUUACAUUUAGUAGCGUAUUUAUACACGAUAUAUCUAUUUCGCGUUAAGGAAAAUGAGCAGCUGCAGAAUCUGAUGGAGAGAGCGUUUCUGCUCUCUUCAAAUCCGAUAAAUCGCGGCAACCAAAAGCGCCUUGUGCACAUACUAUGGUUGUUCAUAGCAUUAAGUAUAGUGUGGAUGAUCAUAGCACUGGUUACUGUGAAUAUUCAGAUGGCAGAAAGAAAUAUUGUGUUUCAAUGGAUGGAAAAUAGUCCAUAUCAGGUGAAGAUAAUGUUGAAAGUACUCCUAAUCAUCUGCACCUUAUGGCACGACAUGGUCCAGGGGACCAUUAUAACAAGCUACUGUCUGCAAGGACAGCUAUUGAUGUCGCAUCUUUAUUUUCUACGCGGAAAGCUGCUCCAACAUAUUCUACUGCCCAUUGAUUGGAUGAGGGACAUCGACGAGUUCAAGAAGCUGCUGAAAUACUUCAAUGAUGAAUUAGGUCCAGCUGUUUGCAUUUAUACUAUAGUUAAGUUAUCAUGGGCAGUCGCCGGUAUCGUAUGGUUGUUUCAAUAUUACAUCAACAACAAUCCUGGAGACAACAAUCCUGUUACAUAUGCUAACAUAAUGAAUGUUGUGUUAUGGAUUUUGAUUUCGAUCGCUCCAUUUAUACAGGCUGCACGCUUAACGAAUGCCUGCUCCAUGAUCCGAGCUGUGGGACAUGAGAUACGUAUACGGCCGUUUGUGUAUCAAACUACUUCAGGCGAAGAUCUUGAUAGUAUACUCUUGUAUACAUCUUCAUUGAAAAUGUGUGCCAGGCUGUUCAGAAUACCUAUCAAGGGUAGAUAUUUAUGCCUUCUGCUAACUAUUGGCAGUAUUUCUAUUCUUACUUUAGGGCAGUGCCAGUUUUUCUCGUAAUUAUAUAGUACAAGUACUUCAACCAAAUACUGUGCUGCAUAAAUACAUCAAGUAUUUCUUAAGUCGAUAAUCAUAGAAUCGUUUAUGUAUAUAGAAUGUAUAUCAUUUAUAGUAUAUUUAAUGUAUACCAUCAUAUUAAAUUAUUUAAAUUCUAUUAUUUUUUUAUGAACAUUUAUAAUAUAUAUUAAUGUAUAGAUAAUUGUGAUGCAUUAGAAAAUGUGUGCGCAAUACAUUAAAUUCGAAUAAGAAUCUUAAUAAAAACUUACGCAGCUAUGCAUA